GUAGCUAGCUUCUAGAUUAUUGUUUUGGUUAAUUGUCUAAAUUAUUAGUUAAAACAUGAUAAAGAACUUGGUAUUCUUGACCAUAGUGCUGUCAAUAACCAGAUCAGUUCUAACGGAAGACCUACAACACCAAAACUAUCAGCAAAUCGAUCCAGUAUACGAUGAUACACAGGAAUCCCCAGAAAAAGAUCAGGAUAAAAGAACAAUUUUCUCUCCCACGUACUCCAAUUAUGGAGUGGCGAAACACAUUGGUCUAAGUCCAACUGGCAAGAAACACGUGCUAGGUUACAGUACUGUUGAUUUGAAAUUCGUGCCGGUAGUCAAACCUAUCAUAAAACACGGCUACCAUUACACCAGGCCAAAAGUCCACUUCAAACAUCCGUUGGUGGUAAAACCAAUUCGCCCAGUAGUACACGCCACCGCAUGGAAACCUUUAAAACCAGUACUGCCAGUUAAUGUGCCACCACCAGUACAUCAUCAUCAUCACGUGAAACCUGUGGCAGUACCAAUACAUAAACCAGGUCUUGCAGUUAAACCAACCCUUCUCCUCCAAGGACUUCCAGUAAAACCAGCAGUACCGUUCAGGCCGGUAGUACCAGCCCACGUCGACUUACAUCCAGUCGAUCAUUUGCAUACGCAUGUAGACCACGUGCAUCCAGUAGAUCAUUUACAUUUGGACCACGUACAUUUGCAACAAGCCGUACAAGUCGUACCAGCUCCCUCAUUGGUGCCUACAGUACAAGCAGUACCUAUAGCAGUCGCACCAGCACCAGCUCCAGCUCCAGCUCCACUGUUGCCAGCGUUUAGACCGUCGCCGUUGUUCGAGGUAACUAAGCCGAACUUGGGCGUCCUUCCUCUCGGAGCAACCUUCCAGUCGCCAGUGCUGCACAACGUUCCACAAGCGCCUCAGGUGGUACACCAGCAAUUCAUCCCUCAACCAAUUGCAACUCCUGUUUUACCACAGCCUGUCGCAACUCCAGUUUUGCCACAGCCUGUCGCCACUCCAGUUUUACCACAGCCUGUCGCCACUCCGGUUGUUCCUCAGCACGUGCAUCCGGUGUUGCCGCAGCCUGCGUUGGCCAGACCUGUUGUGCAGACUGCUGGUGUUACUUCCGUGGAGUUCCACGGCACUUACCAUCCGACGCCCAUCAACGGACAGAUUCCAGCCAAUGUUUUGCCAGCCGUUCCAAAUCAAGUACAGAAUUAUUUCCCUGCUGUAGACGCUGUACAUUCCAUUUUGCCCACUAACUACCACAAUUUCCAAUCCCACAACAUUCCUCAACAACCCCACGAUAUUUCCCAAGUGUUCCAUCCUCAAGUACCCAUACAGCCUCAGCCAGAACAACUGGCGCCUCAAAACUUCUUCCAGCAACAACUUCCCGAAACUGCAACCAAUCAAUUUGCCCAACAACCACAACAGCAGUUCUUCCAACAGCUGCCGGAGAAUACGGCCUCCCAAUUUGUCCCCCAGACUGUCCAACCCCUACAACCUGCAAACAAUGAUGGUUAUGUGUACUCUCAGCCACAACAACAGUUGCAGCAGUACCAUCAAGAACAACAGCUGCAACAGUAUCAACAAGAACAAGACGAUGGUUUUACGGGACAAAACAUAAUCCAACCGGGGCAGACUGACCUACAGUUUCCUUUGCAUCUUCCUCAACACACCUUGUUGAACAGUCACCAAUAUCAGCAGUAUCAAGACCAAAUUAGCCAACAAACUGAGAAUAUUUUCAGACCUUCGUUGACUUUGGAACCGCCUUAUCACAACAGACGUAAUUCCGAGGAUGAAGAUUCUAAAGAGUUUGACGAUGAAGAGCAAGACGAAAAGAAAAAGAAGUAAAGGGCAGGUGUUAUUUAUUUCUUAGUAGUAUUUAUACGCUAGUACCUCUAUAUUACUUUUAAGCUUUAACCUUAUUUAUUCUUUGUUACGUUGUAAAUAUUUUGUUGUUCUUGUUUAUUCUAUGUAAGAAUGAAGAGAAAAUAUUUUUGUAAAAAAUGUAUCGUUGUUAAUAAAUCUGUGAUUAUU